GUGUGUGUGUGUGUGUGUGUGUGUGUGUCAGUGAGCGGAUCAGCAUGCGUCAGUCUCAGGUGGACAAACUUUAUGCUGGCCUGAAGGACCUGUCUGAAGAGAGGCGGGGCAAAUUGGAUGAGAGGCUCCGCCUCUUCCAGUUGAACCGGGAGGUUGACGACCUGGAGCAGUGGAUUGCUGAGCGGGAGGUGGUGGCCGGGUCACAUGAGCUGGGACAAGACUACGAACACGUAACUAUGUUGCAGGAACGUUUCCGGGAAUUUGCCCGAGACACCGGAAACAUCGGUCAGGAGCGCGUGGAUGCUGUUAACCGUCUGGCGGACGAGCUGAUCAACGCCGGGCAUGGUGACGCUGCGACUGUGGCGGAGUGGAAGGACGGGCUUAACGAGGCCUGGGCCGACCUGCUGGAGCUCAUCGAUACCAGGACGCAGAUCCUCGCCGCCUCCUUCGAGCUCCACAAGUUUUACCACGAUGCAAAGGAGAUCCUGGGACGCAUCCUGGACAAGCAGAAGAAGCUGCCGGAGGAGGUUGGACGAGACCAGAACACAGUGGAGACGCUGCAGAGGAUGCACACCACCUUCGAACAUGACAUCCAGGCGCUGGGAACACAGGUGAGGCAGCUGCAGGACGAUGCGGUCCGCCUUCAGUCGGCAUAUGCGGGCGACAAAGCUGACGACAUCCAGCGGAGGGAGUGCGAGGUGCUGGAGGCCUGGAGGAGUCUGCUGGAGGCGUGCGACGGACGCAGGCUCCGUCUCCUCGACACCGGGGAUAAGUUCAGGUUUUUCAGCAUGGUCCGAGACCUGAUGCUGUGGAUGGACGACGUGAUCCGACUCAUCGAGGCCCAGGAGAAACCCAGAGACGUGUCGUCAGUGGAGCUGCUGAUGAACAACCAUCAGGGCAUCAAAGCUGAGAUUGAUGCCCGAAACGACAGCUUCACCGCCUGCAUCGAGCUGGGGAAAGCCCUGCUCGCCCGAAAACACUACGCCUCGGACGAGAUCAAAGAGAAGCUGCUGCAGCUGACGGACAAGAGGAAGGAGAUGAUUGACAAGUGGGAAGAUCGAUGGGAGUGGCUACGACUCAGUAAGACAUGAUGAGUUUUCAAUUAACGUUUUACUUUGUUCAGGAGGUCGUGACCUUCAGGAGGUCGUGACCUUCAGGAGGUCGUGACCUUCAG